AUGAGCUGCACCAGCGAGCUGUUCGCAGUUCCUUAUGAACUGCGGCCAACUGAGAGCCUGUGCUACUCCUGUGAGAUUGGUAUUACUCAGUGCCGGGGCUACGUCCUAGCCAAAGGGCUGCUCUCCGAAGCUAUCUCCCCUCCCCUCCUCGAUUCUAUUCUCUUUCCUAACCCUCCUCUCUUCUCCUUUUGCUSMUCUCUCUCCCUGCAGGGUAUCCUKGGGCUGAGUCUGUACCAGUGGAAGGUGAUGACCUAUGAGGACUACACCUACCCCCCCUGGUCCAUGGUGAUGGGCUGGCUGAUGGUGRUGUGUUCUGUCAUCUGGAUCCCAAUCAUGUUUGUCAUCAAAAUGCACUUGGCCCCRGGCAGCUUCAAGGAGCGUCUGAGGCUGGUGUGCUCCCCUCAGCCCGACUGGGGUCCCUUCCUGGCAAAGCACAGAGGGGAGCGCUACAAGAACAUGAUGGACCCCCAUGGAUCCAACUCCCUGGGCCUCAAACUGCCCCCCAAAGAUUUCCAGCUGGGCACCUACCAGUAGCAGCCUCCACUACUACCACCACCACCACUUCAGCAGGGGCACCGGGGGAGAGAGAAAGCAGCAGCCUACCACUGCCCUCUCCUCCACCUAUUCCUUCUUUUUUUCCUGUUCUCCACUUCACUUCAUCUCUCCUUUCCUUCCUCUCUCCAUUCAAUGUGGGUGCGAGAAAAGCAAGCCAACACAUCCUCCACUUUCUUCCCCCCAGUUCUGCUGUCCACCUCUCCUGCUCCCUUCAUCUUUCUUCUCCACUCUAUAGCGAAGUGGGGCUGCCCUCCUCUCCCAACAUUGCUUUCUCUGGCAGGCACCCAUGCUAUACCCUGCCCUCUCUCUCCCUAACCCCUGACCUGAGAAUGGUCUGUCCUCUGCCUCCUGCCCAUGCACAGCCAUUACUCCAGAACCCUUUCUUUCUGAGGGGAUCUCUAUUCCAAAAAGAAAAAUGUGUCACAAUGUUGCAAUGGCAAUAUUCGACUGCACAUGACAAAAAAAAAAUCAUCAAAUUGUAUGUGUCACAUGCUUCAUAGA